GGCGGAGAAUGCGGAUCUGAAGAAACAACUUUCAGAAGCUCAAGGUUGGUUUCCGAUCAUCUGACGAUUGUGGGUUAUGUCCCGCACUUUCCGACCUUGAUGCUUUAUAUAACUAUGAGCAGGUGCCUCCUCUUCUCUCGCUGCAGCUUCCUCCGAGUUGGAGACUCUACGUGCUUCACAAAAGAAUCUCGAAGCAAAACUCGCAGUGGCAGAACAGAAAAUUUCUGAGAAGAACUCGGAGCUUGCUCGGAAAACUGGUGAGUUUGAGCUGAAAAGACAAACUGACAGCGACACCAUCCAGAAGCAGCAAAGAGAAAUUGGAGGUCUUCGCAAGUAUAUGGAAACAGCAGAGAGCUGCUGGGACCUGCUCAACUCCGACGUCAUGGAUCCACUCGGAUAUGACGAGGAACGUCGGAGCCAGUUCCCGCGCGAUGACCUGCUUCAGCUGGCCGGAGAAGACUGCAAGGAUCUCAUCUCCGCCUCCAGGAAAAUCUGUCACAACCUCAACAUCAAGAAGAGCCGAACCUGCGAUGUGCGCAAGCUCAUCAAGAGGAUGGAUUUGCUUCCGGAGCUGGUUGUGGACCUGCAAUCCUCUUCAGCACGGGGUGCAGCUGUCAUGUCCUUGGCUAUGUGCUUAGCGCAUAAUCCGAGUUUAAACCUGGACCGGGUGACUUCUGGCGUUCCUCCGGAAUGUGAUGUCAAUGCGCUGCUUGACGCGGUUAGCGGCUAUGAUACACGCAUUGCUCGGAGGAUCCGCCAUGAUGAAUUUUAUGAGAAGGUGGUUCUUCCUGCUGACAAAUCUCUCGAAGCUGAGCUUUUGAAGGAUCGCGAAGCAGAAAACAGGCCCGCCCAAUCCGGAAGCCAGUAUACGUGGACAAGCUCAAAGAACCAAGGUGGCGCUGCUUCUCCGACUGCAGCUGGAGCGGAAGAAGUUGAAGAUGUCUCUUCGCCUGCCAAAGACGCAGAGAAGGAAACUCCGACUGACGCAGGGGGAGCUGAUGCCAACGUGGAAACUUCUCCGGUUAAGGAGAAGUAA